GUAUUAUACAUGACUACUACUACGACUCAAGUCCCUGUAGGUGAUCUUCACUGUCAACAUGAUACCUACUGUAAAGAAUAUUAUACACAUUGUAUCUCAUGCUCUGAAAAACCCGAUAAAAAAGGUUUUUACCAAGUAAAACUUCAUGAUACAAUUCUUUUUCCAGAAGGUGGUGGUCAACCCAAUGAUACCGGUUAUAUCAACGAUAUACGAGUAUAUAAUGUACAACGACAACAAUUAGAACAUAUUCAUUAUACCAAGGAACCUGUACAAGUCGGUUCAAAAGUCAAACUUACCCUGGAUUGGGAACGGCGUUUCGAUCAUGUACAACAGCACACUGGACAACAUCUUUUAAGCGCGAUUUUGGAAAAGCCACCUUAUUCGAUAGAAACGGUGGGUUGGUGCAUGAAAGAAAAGACAAGUUAUGUAGAAUUGGGUACAGCUGGUGGAUCUCAACCUACACAAGAACAAUUAGACGAAGUAGAACAAAAAAUCAAUGAUAUGAUAUUACAAUCGAUUCCUGUCAAAUGUCAUACAACAGCUAUGAACCAUAAUGAUGAUGAUAGUUUACGACCUGAUUCUUUACCAGCAGAUUAUGUGGGUAGUCAAGGUGUGAUACGGACAAUAGAAAUCGAGGGUGUGGAUCGUAAUCCAUGUUGUGGAACACAUCUACGUGAUUUGGGACAUUUACAACAACUCAAACUUUUACAUACCGAGACAAUCAGGGGUGGUAAUACGCGAUUGUAUUUUGUAUUUGGUCAACGUGUGGUGGAUAACCUAGGUGAACUUUAUGAUCUUAGUCGACAAUUGACCAAACUGUUAUCAGUUCCUCCUAAGGAUUAUUUGGAUAGUAUCAAUCGUCUACAACUUCAAUUACGUACACAAACAAAACUCGUCAAGAAAUGGCAAUCUCAAUUGGCUACGUAUGCUAUCAAGGAUCUUCAAGUUCAACUCAAAACUUCUCCUGUGGCACUUGUAUAUGAUGAAGAGGGUGAAGGUGGGAUGCCUUAUUUAUCCUUAUUGGCUGGACUUAUCAAGGAAGCCAAUCUACUCCCAGAUGAUGAUGAUGAUGAUGAAAACAAAAAGGCUAUUGUGUUGGCUUCUGGUGAGAGAUCCAAAGGUGGUGUCAUGCUGAUUCUUUCUACUGAUGAUGUUUACUUGAAAAAGGUGGCUACCAAGGCGAUGUCUAUUCUCUCUGGUGCAAAAGGCGGUGGUGCUCGUGGACGUUGGUCUGGCAAGGCAACUUCAUUUGUUAAUAUCGAACAGAUAUUGAAUAUAGAUUAGAUUUGAAUACAUAUAUACAGUUUAAUAUUGUUUGAAAAAAAAAAGAAUCAUUGUACAAAAUAAAAACAAUCUGAUAUUUUGCAGACGCU